CGGCAUCGUCGCGCAAUCAGUCGAAAUGGCGUCAACACUCAGCGAGAUAGUUUUACGUAAAAAUUUCGAGAAUUUGUGAAAGUAAACUAGUUCUUUAUUUUUGUUUGGCGAGUAAUUUAUUCGGAAAUUCUCGAGUCGCUGUAAUGUAAUUCCAUCCCGCACUGUACGAGCGAAAUCGAUAAUCCCCUGGAUUUUAUCGCGGGUGAUGUUGGAUUUUUGUUAUGUUUCGUAUUGUGGCAUUUUUUUUUCGCACUCAAUAACCUGCUGUGAGCGACCUAAGUACCGCUCCGAGGAAGGGCGUAUUCCUCGAAAAUAUCGGUAGAUUUCGUGCCAAUCUGUUUCUGCGAGUGUCAAAGUUUCCGAUUAGGGUUGUUCUCUUACGCGUACCGUUAUGGCCUUUAAUGAGAAGGUCGAUCCAGAGUUGAUAUUUACGAAACAAGAGCGCAUCGGCAAAGGGUCGUUCGGCGAAGUUUUCAAAGGCAUAGACAACCGAACGACCCAGGUGGUUGCCAUAAAAAUAAUCGAUCUGGAAGAGGCCGAGGAUGAAAUCGAAGACAUCCAGCAGGAGAUCAUGGUGCUGUCGCAGUGCGAUAGCCCCUACGUCACCAAAUAUUUCGGGUCGUACCUCAAGGGUACCAAGCUGUGGAUUAUCAUGGAGUAUUUGGGUGGAGGGUCUGCUUUAGAUUUGAUGAAGGCGGGCAACUUGGAGGAAAUGCACAUAGCAAUAAUCCUGAGGGAGGUGCUGAAGGGUUUGGACUACUUGCACAGUGAGAGAAAGCUGCAUCGCGAUAUAAAGGCUGCCAACGUGCUGCUGAGCGAGAUGGGGGAUGUGAAGCUCGCUGAUUUCGGGGUGGCAGGACAGCUGACCAAUACCACCAGCAAACGCAACACGUUCGUGGGCACUCCGUUUUGGAUGGCCCCGGAGGUUAUCAAACAGUCUGCCUACGAUUCCAAAGCAGAUAUUUGGUCGUUAGGUAUAACCGCGAUCGAACUGGCGAAGGGUGAACCGCCAAACUCCGAGCUGCAUCCGAUGAGGGUACUUUUUUUGAUACCGAAAAAUAAUCCGCCACAGCUCACGGGCAGCUACACCAAGGCCUUUAAGGAUUUCGUUGAGGCCUGUUUGAAUAAAGAUCCGGAAAAUAGACCGACCGCAAAGGAACUGGUCAAGUUCCCAUUCAUAAGGAAAGCCAAGAAAAACUCAUAUCUAAUUGACCUGAUAGAUCGAUACAAAAAAUGGAAGUGCACGCGCAGUGAGGAGAGCGAGACGGAGUCGGAAAAUUCUGACAAUGAGGAACCGAAACACGACGGUGAAGUGGACACAACCGAUUGGAUAACAACGGUAAAGGAGAGCAACAUGAAAAUAUUCUCGGAAGAGAUCAGGGCGUCCAAUCAGAAGAACACGAAUUACCAGAAUGGGUCGGGACCCACCAUGCCCGCGACAUCGCCCCCCAAAGAUUCCAACCUCAAUCACUACAGGAAAGAGAAGACGUCAUCCUCGCACCCCGUGACGUCCGAUAAUCACGCGCGGGAAGACAAGGAACGGGAGAAAAGGAAGGCGUCUGCGGCAUCGACACGGAACCCGAGUCCCUUGGACCACCGAAGCGACGGCUCCCUGGAGAAAUCCAACAGGCGAUCGGGACAGGCGCACAUAUCCAGUUUCGUGUACUCGCUCGUGAUGGAACUGCAGCGGAAGCACCACUAUAAGAGUCGGAACUCGGACGGCGCGGGAAAACUGAACGACGCUGCCGAAGAAUUGAAAAACGCGUUCGAGAUGGCGGAACGCGCGAGUCCUGGGGUGGGCAAAAUGUUCGUUUGCGAGCUCGUGCAGAGUCUUGUGCCGUCCAUAACGGAUCAGAGACUCGUCGGCGUGCUGGAAAAAAUUACGAGGUCUGGAGCGACGCAAAAAAGGUACCAGUUUGACUGAACCGAAAAGAAAUUGUUGUUGCCCUUCGGAAUCAGAAGCGUUCGUGUUUAGAGACUUUUAACAAUGUUGUUUAUUCUGUAGAUAAAGAAGAAUAUAUAUGUAAUUUACUUGAAUUUUAGAAUGUCGGCGGAGUUAUUUUUUGUAAAUGGUUUAACAAAGUCUAUUUCCCCCACCUAGCAGCGGUCCAAGUGUUCUACUUUAAAACUUUUCAGAAAUUAGACGCUUAGAAAAGUUUUUUCAAUCCUAAAUCCUUUUUCAUUGUUUAAAAUGUAAAAUACAAUACGAAUGACUGCUCGGGUGGUUUUGUAUAUAUAAAAAAGUGGUGAUUGAGCAGAAUCUUACUAUUUUGAAAGUAUUACCUAUCUGUGUUUAAGUUUUUUUUAUUAACAGAUAUAUUAUAACUACUGUAGAUUUAGUGGAGCAGUUUCGGAAGAGUAAAAAUUAUUUGCGACCCGUUGAAAUAUUGGUAAAGUAAAAUUGCUCAAAAACAAAGUAUUAGAUUAUAUUUUUCGAACUCGAAGAUCUUUAAACGAGAUAACGCGCGUUUAACUACGCCAUAAUAGAUUUUUUUCCUUAUCACAUACCGCACCGGUUACACCAUCGUUGUUUAUUGAGUGUAUCGCUUGUUUCAUUGUUGUUGUUUUUUUUUUAAUUUUUCGGUCACAGUGUCGGAACGAAAUAUUGUUAUACUUUCACCCCCGGUAAUAGUGAAAAUAUGUAAAAUAAAAAAAAAAAAUAGUGUCCGACAUUGUAGACCGGAACGCAGAAGAUCUUUAAGAACGCGAUAAAAAAAUGUACAGUUCUAACGUUUAAAUUAUUAAUAUCGUGUAAUAAAGCGCUGUAACAUUGAAAAAAUAAAUAUUAGUUGUC